AUGGUUAAACCAGGAGGUCCAAGAACCCAUCAAUCAAAUAGUUUUACUAAUAGAAUUAAUAAAUCUAAUAAUCAAAAUAAUCCAGAUAGAAUUGUAUCAAAGACAAAAACCAACCUUAGAGAUCGUGCCACCAUUAAGAGGUUGGCUAUGUAUAGUGAAAGACCAACUAGAACAAGAGAUGGUAAAUUAAUUAGUGGUGCAUUCAUGUCAAAGGAUACAUCACAUGAUACUAGAAUCAGACCAGAUCGUAGAUGGUUUGGUAAUACACGUGCUAUUGGACAAGAUCAAUUGAAUACAUUUAGAGAAGAAAUGGAAUCACAAGUUAACAAUCCAUACAAGGUAUUGUUACAUGCAUCAAAGUUACCAUUGGGUUUAUUGAAAGACAGUACCAAGAAAACUCAAAUGAAUCUUUUAACCACCGAAUCAUUUCAAACCACAUUCGGACCAAAGAAACAACGUAAACGUCCAAAUUUAAAAGCAGUUACCGAUUAUGAGAAUAUGAUUAACAAAGCAGCUGAAAUCACCAGUGGAUACGAUGAAACUAAAGAUAAAAAUAUUAAACCUGAUGAAGAUGAAAUUGAAACUCGUCGUAAGGAUAUUUUCGAUAAAGGUACAUCAAAGAGAAUUUGGGGUGAAUUAUACAAAGUUAUCGAUUCCUCCGAUGUAUUGGUACAAGUUUUGGAUGCUCGUGAUCCAAUGGGUACUCGUUCUCGUCAUGUCGAACAACAAUUGAAAAAGACUUCAAAACAUAAACAUUUGAUUUUCAUUCUCAAUAAAUGUGAUCUCGUACCAACUUGGGCAACCGCACGUUGGGUUAAGAUCCUCUCAAAGGAAUAUCCAACAUUGGCAUUCCACGCUUCAAUCACUAAUCCAUUCGGUAAAGGUUCAUUAAUUCAAUUACUUCGUCAAUUCUCAAAAUUACAUUCCGAUAAGAAACAAAUCUCUGUUGGUUUCAUUGGUUAUCCAAAUGUUGGUAAAUCUUCAAUCAUCAAUACACUCAAGAGUAAAGUAGUUUGUAAAGCUGCUCCAAUUCCUGGUGAAACUAAAGUUUGGCAAUAUAUUACCCUCAUGAAACGUAUCUAUUUAAUCGAUUGUCCAGGUGUCGUUCCUGCCACUGGUGAUUCAGAAGCUGAACUCGUAUUAAAAGGUGUUGUUCGUGUUGAAAAUUUAGAAGAUGCUACCAUUUUCAUUCCAGAGGUUUUAAAUCGUAUUAAAAAAGAAUAUAUCGUUAAAACUUAUAACAUUGCCGAAUGGAAAGAUCAUGAAGAUUUCCUCACUCAAAUGGCCGAAAGAACUGGUAAACUCUUAAAGAAAAGACAACCAAAUAUGAAUGCUUGUGCUAAACUUGUUCUUUAUGAUUAUCAAAAAGGUAAAAUUCCUUACUUUAAAGCACCACCACAUUUAACUCCAGAACAAGAAAAAGAAGAUGAAUUAAAUAAAAUUAAAUUAGAAUCAACUGAUAAUAAUGAUAAUGAUAAUACAACCACUACUCAACCACAACAAUAUCUUGACGAAGCUGAAGUUGAUCAAGAUACUGACAAAUUAUUAAAAGAAAGAAGAAAACUUUAUGGUGAUUUAGUUGUUAAUCAAAAAUUAAAUAAUAUUCCAGUUAAAUCUGAAUUCACUGAAGAGGAUGCUCAUGGUGAAGAAUAUGUUGAUCCAUUUGACGAAGAACCAGAUUGGGAUGAUUUAUAUCAAAAAGAAGAAGAUAAUAAUGAAGAUGACGACGAUGAAGAUGAUGAAGAAUUAUCAGGUGAAGAAGAGGAAUUAGAUGAUGAGGAUAUUUUAUAUGGUGAAGAAAAUUAUGAUGAUUUAGCAGAUGGUGAUUUGGAUUAUGAUGAAGAAGAAAAGGUUGAUCAAAUUAAAUCAAAUGGUAAAAAUGUAAAGAAAUCAUCAAAUAUUAAAGUUAAACAAGAACCAAUUAAUAAUAAAAAAUCUGUAAAAAAUGUUGAAUCACCAGUAACAACUAAACAAGUUGCUGUUAAAAAAGAAAAAGUUGAAAAAGUAGUAACUCCAACUACCACCACCACCAAUAAAAAAGCAGUUUCCAAAGAUACUAAACCAACAAUUGUUGAAAAACCAACUGUUGCUGCUGUUAAAUCAAAUAAAAAAGUUGUUGCAACUGAACCAGUUGUUGAAGAACCACCAAAGAAAGUUGCUGCUAAGAAAUCAACAAAAGCUGCCGCCACUGUUGCUGAACCAGUUGUUGAAGAACCACCAAAGAAAGUCGUUAAAAAAUCUGCAACCAAAGUCACUGUUGCUGAACCAGUUGUUGAAGAGCCACCAAAGAAAGUCGUUAAAAAAUCUGCAACCAAAGUCACUGCUGCUGUUGCUGAACCAGUUGUUGAAGAACCACCAAAGAAAGUCGUUAAGAAAUCUGCUAAAGCCUCCGCUGCUGUUGCACAACCAGUUAUUACUGAACCAGUUGUUGAAGAGCCACCAAAGAAAGUAACCAAAAAGUCUAAUAAAGCUGCCACUGUUGUAGAACCAGUUGUUGAAGAACCACCAAAGAAACAACCAGCUGCAGCUAAAAAGAAGGUUACCAAAAAAGAUGUCGCUCAAGAAGAUGAUGGUCAAGAUGAAGAACCAAUCCAAGAAGAAAAACCAAUUGUUAAAAAGAAAUCAGUUAUUAGUAAAACCGCACCAUCAUUAACUAAAAAGCUUGAAUCAAUUCAAAAUAAAGUUUCAGAAUCAACAAACAAAACAACAACUGAAACUCAAAAACCAACUGGUAAAAAAACAAGAAAAGAAUAUAAUGAAAUGCCAGAAGUUGAAUCAGAUUCAGAAGCUGGUCCAAGUAAAAAAGAACGUAGAAAGGCAAUCAAUGCUUCAAAAGUUGGUGUUCACUUUUAUGAAACCGCAAAUGUUAAAAAUAGAAAUAGAGAUAGAAAAGUUCCAAAGAAACCUAAAUAUCAACAAAUGGCUGGCUUCAAUUCCAAAGUUUCAAAAUCAAAUAAAUAA